AUGGACCCGUCGCUCCCGCUCGGGCGUCUGCAGAACAUGGCAGUCCAAGCAGCACAGGCACGCCCCAAGGGCGUCAAGAUAUCCCACGCGACCUACACGAGCAGCGCCAUCCCCCGCGCGGCGGCGGUCGGCUACUCGGGGGACUCGCGGGUGCUCGACUUUGCCUCGUACGCCUUCGACGUCAGCAUCGACAGCAUGCUCCUGACGCUCGGCAACGGCGGCACGCUGUGCAUCCCGUCCGACGAGGACCGGCUCAACGACAUCAACGGCGUCAUGCGGCGGAUGCGCAUCAACUACGCGGGCAUCACCCCUUCCGUCGCGCGCAUCCUGGACGAGGACGUCAUCACCUCGCUGAGCGCUCUCGGCCUGGGCGGGGAGGCGUCCGCGCCGAGGGAUGUCAACAUGUGGGGGCGGGAGACGAGGAUCGUUAUUGGCAGCGCCGCGACGGGGAGGGAUUAUAUCUCGAUCGGCCCGGGCAACGGGGCGUCGAUUUGGAUUGUCGACCCCAAUGACCACGAGGCUUUGGUGCCGGUUGGUGCGGUUGGAGAGUUGCUCGUCGAAGGCCCGAUCGUUGGACAGGGCUAUCUCAACGAUGACGAGAAGACUGCGGCUGCUUUUAUCCACGAUCCUUUCUGGCUGGUUGCCGGCCACAAGGGUUUUCCUGGUCGUCGCGGCCGUCUGUACAAGACUGGCGACCUUGGCAUGUAUGACCCGGAUGGGUCUGGAGGCAUUCUGUUCGCCGGGCGCAAAGACACCCAAGUCAAGUUGCGUGGUCAGCGAGUCGAGCUUGGCGAGAUUGAGAGCCAGCUGAAGGCCGCUCUGCCUUCGGAUGCCAACGUGAUCGCCGAGGUUAUUGUUCCUCAGGCAUCCGGAGGGCAGCCUACUUUGGUGGCGUUCGUCUCGCAACUCGCCAAGGUCAACGGGGUUGAAGAGUUAGAAGCUGCCCAACUAUCUCCAGACCUCACCAAAGCAUUAAAAAGCAUCAACACGACCUUAGCAAAGGUCUUGCCACGAUACAUGGUGCCGAACGCCUACAUCCCAGUCAGCUACAUCCCAACUUUGAUCUCGGGCAAGAUAGACCGCAAGCGUCUCAGGCAAUUCGGUGUCACCGUCGACUUGCAGAAACUGGACCAGGGCCCGGCGGCGAAGGCUACUCGGGAGUCCAGAGAGUUGACUGAUCUUGAGCAGCGAUUGCGGCACGCCUGGAGUUUGGUCUUGAAGGUUGAUGAAGAUUCCAUCCACCAUCAGGACAACUUCUUUGCACUCGGUGGUGAAUCUCUCGCCGCGAUGAGACUUGUGUCUGUGUGCAGGGAACGAGGCCUCGACCUGUCCGUUACGAGUACCUUCGCAAAUCCCACACUUGAAGAAAUGGCGGAGACAGUCAAGAUAUACGACGUGGACAUUCACACCGAGACACUGCCAUUCUCUCUCAUCACCCAGCCCGUUGAGAGCGCAUGUUUGGAAGCGUCGCAAGCCUGCGGGACAGAACCAUCGGCGGUGGAAGACAUUUACCCCUGCACACCUACCCAGGAGUCGUUGAUCACCUUCUCGCUCAAGUCAACGGAGCCUUAUGUCGCGCAGAGGAUCGCGUGUGUGCCGUCUCACCUGAGCAUCGAUUCCUUCAAGCAGGCCUGGGAAGCGGUCUUUGCAGCAAACCCCAUCCUGCGCACACGUGUGGCCCAGCUGCAGGAUCCCGGCCUGCAACAGGUCGUGCUGAAGCAAGGCAUAGACUGGAGGCAUUCGACCAGUCUGGCUCGUUACCUCGAAGAUGACCGGAACGAGAGGAUGGACCUGGGCCAGAGCUUAGCCCGGUAUGCCAUCGUCGACGACGCCAGUGAUGGCAAGCGGUACAUGGUCUGGACCGUCCAUCAUGUGCAAUACGACGGCUGGUCAGAGCCCUUGAUCCUCGACAUGGUCACCAAGGCCCUGCAGAACGGCAGCAUCGACAUCCAGCCCAAGGCGCUGAUGAAGGACGUUGUCAAGUGGGUACACGACACAGACCAUACCGCCAUGCAGGACUUCUGGCGCAACGAGCUGCACGGCGCCGUCGGGCCCCAGUUCCCAAGCACGCCGUCGCGGGACUUCCUCCCCACCCCGAACGGCACAGCCGAGCGCCUGGUGCGCCUCGACACGACCGAGGGCCUCCCCUUCACCACAGCCACCCUGAUCCGCGGCGCCUGGGCCCUCGUGGCCUCCCAGUACACGGGCAGCGACGACGUCGUCUUCGGCGAGACCCUCACGGGCCGCGACAUCUCGCUGCGGGGCGUCGAGGACGUCCUGGGCCCGCUCAACGCGACGGUCCCCGUGCGCGUCCGCGUCGACCGGGCCGCCUCGGCCGCGUCGUACCUGCGGGACGUGCAGCAGGCCGUGUCGGCGCGCACCCCCUUCCAGCACAUGGGCAUGCAGUACAUCCGGCGGGUGAGCCGCGACGCGCAGCACGCGUGCGAGGCGCCGACGGGGAUUGUCGUGCAGCCCGAGCCGGAGCUGGUCGGCGGCGAGCUCGGGUUCGGGCUCGGGGACCCCGUGCGCGAGGCGCUGCGCUUCAACCCGUACCCUCUCAUGCUUGCCUUUGGGCUGCGAAAGGGGGGUUUCAGGGUCUGUGCUAGCUUUGACAAAAGCUUGAUUGAUGUCGCGCAGAUGGAGAGGGUUCUUGCGCAGGUUGAGGCUGCCUGUGUGAGGUUGACGGAGGACCUUGACAGGAAGGUCGGGCAGGUGUCGUGUAUGCCUAAGGAGGAGCUGGACCAGAUCUGGCGCUGGAACCAGACGGCGCCGCUGGCCCCUGAGGAGUCGACGGGAAGACUCCGAGCUCAUGGAAGCAUCAAGCCCGGCUCAGAUUAUCCUCGAGCAGCAGUCCCUUGGGUCUGCGACCCGCGCAGCCCAUCUCAGCUCUCGCCCAUUGGUUGUCAAGGAGAGCUAUGGCUGGAAAGUGCCAUGCUUGCAGAUGAAGCUGUCGAGUCUCCCGUCUGGCUUGUGGCUGGAAACUCUGGAUUCGUCGGCCGCGCGGGCAAGGUCCAACCAACCGGUGAUAUUGUCCAGCUACGGCACGACGGAAGCCUCGUAUUCGUUGGUCGGAAAGAUGAUAUCAUGCCGGUGUCGGGACAUGCAGUCAAUGUCGCGGAUCUUGAAGCACACUGUCAUAGGCUCCUGCCAGCGUCAGCCCGUGCCGCUGUAGCGGUGUUCGAAACAGUGGCGAACGGUAAUGAGCAGGCACAGGAUCAAGAGCUCAUCAUCCUCGUCGAGCAACAGCCAUCUGUGGAAGGCAGCGUCGAGCUGAUGUUCAUGAGGCAUGAUAUCAGUUGCGACGAGGCAGAUCCUGACAGCUUCAGGGCAACAGUCAAUUCAGAAAUCCCCGUCAGCCUUGCAGUUGCACUCAAGAAGCUCGACAAGUUCAUCAGGGACGAUCUACCAUCUAGCCUCAAGCCCUCGGCCUACGUCGUGGUUGACAGACUCCCCCUCAAGGAAGGCCAUGUGGACCGCAGCACACUGAAACAGUUUGCUUCCAAGAUCCCACCACACGUUCUAGGCCAGCUUCGCGACGGGUACAAGAAGGUCUGGGAGAGCGGCCUGGGUGAAGCAAACCUGUCGGUUUCGGAAGACAUCCUGCGGUCUGCAUGGGCAAGGCUGCUGGGCAUGCGCCCGGAGCAGAUCGAUGUCGACGACAACUUCUUCCGCCUUGGAGGCGACUCGGUGCUGGCGAUGAAGCUGGUAUCGGGCCUCCGUGCGCAGGGCCACGGUCUCUCCGUGGCUGACGUCUUCCAACACAUGCGCCUCGGUGGCGCGGCGAGGGUCUUGAAGGUGAACUUGGCAUCGACGGGCAAGAUACAGCCAUACAAGCCAUUCUCCACUCUGGGCCUUCCGGACGUGGGCCGGUUCCUGGCAGAUGUUGUGCGCCCGAAACUUGCUGUGCCCGAGUGGUCGAUCAAGGAUGCUGCACCAGUGACAGACUCACAAGCCCUCGAUAUCAGGGACACGGUAAAUGCACCGCGGACUUCUGUGCAAUAUACCAUGCUGCAUUUCACCAAUGGCAUUGAUCAAGAGAGGCUCUUCCGAGCCUGCAAGGAUCUGGUCAAGACCCAUGACAUCCUGCGAACCGUGUUUAUCGAGCACGAGUCGGCCUUCUUCCAGAUCGUGCUGCACGAGCUUGAUACUCCCCUGGUCACGCGGCGCGCCGAUGAGGAUAUUGACGAACUCGUCAACAAGGUUUGCGCAGUGGACAUCGAAUCCGACUUCAUUCUCGGAUCUUCCUUCUUCAAGAUGUUCCAUGUCGAAGGCAAAGAUGGCCGCCACUGCCUCGUCAUUGGGCUAUCACACUCUCUGUACGAUGGAUUGUCUCUCCCACGCCUGCUCGAAGAUUUGGAAACCCUGUACAGCAGCGGCAAGGUCGCCGACUUCGAACCUUUCCCCUCCUACAUCGCCCGAACCACAGACCAGGGCCUGCAAACCAAAGCGCUCGGCUACUGGCGCGACCUCCUGCGGGACUCGUCGCUCUCCGUCCUGGAAGGCCAGUCAACCCAGCCCGGCGACAGGGGCAUCUUCAAAGAGGACCUCGCCGUCGAGGGCUUCCAGCCCCCGGCGGAGAUCACCACGGCGAACCUCCUCACGGCGGCGUGGGCGCUCCUCCUGGCGCGCCGCCUGGGCAGGGCCGACGUGACGUUCGGCGGCGUGACAUCCGGCCGCGGCGUCGACAUGGCGGGCGUCGAGAACGUCGUCGGGCCCUGCUACCAGCUCACGCCCAUCAGGGUGCCGUUCGGCCCGUCGUGGACGGCCGUCGACCUCCUGCGCUUCGUGCAGCGGCAGAGCGGCGAGUCGGCUGCGCACGACUUUGUCGGGUUUGAGAGUAUUUCGAGGGAGUGCACGCAGUGGGCGUCGGAGUCGGACGGGCAGGGGGUGUUCUUCGACUCCAUCGUGCACCACCAGGACUGGGAUGACGCCGACAGCAUGCCCUUCGCUGGCGAGACCGCGAGGCUGGAGAUUCUGAAUCCGCAUGGGGACUCGCCUCGGCCCCUGAAGGCUGUGUCGUUCGUCAAGGAUGGGCAGCUGCGUGUUGGUGUUGUUGGCAGUGAGCGGGAUGAGGUGUUCGUGGGCUCGAUCCUUGCUGAGCUCGUCGCCGCCGUGAAGGGGCUCGCGAGCUCUCGUGGUGGCCAGCUUCUACUUGAUCCCAUCGCCACCUAG